AAGACCCACGUAUAAUGAAGUGAAAUAAUUUAUUAUGACGCAGUACCACGUGCCUUUGUUUAUUUGUGUCUAUUUUUAGAAUUUACCUAAUCUAUUCAUACCCCAUUGGUCGAUUAUGACAACGGACUACUUUUUCUGUCAAAGUGUUUAAUCCUAUAUGAGGUAUAUAAAUGCACAAUAGCAGUUGUCAGGUAUAAAGAAACCAGUCGAAUAUCUAAAAAUAUUACUCUAUCUUGAUAAAAAAUAUUGUAUUUUGGUUACUCGUCGGUGAAUCUUUGGAACUAUAUAUCGUCGCUCAUUAAUUUGUAUGUAACCAGCAGCCAUAUUGAGAGAAAUAAUUUAGCAACAACAAGUCUUCAACAACAGAGAUCAGGAAACUACCCAUUAAAAAUGAAGUGGCAAUACAAAGAAGAGCACCCUUUUGAAAAGCGAAGGGCAGAGGGUGAGAAGAUCAGAAAGAAGUAUCCAGAUAGGGUACCAGUUAUUGUAGAAAAAGCACCUAAAGCACGAGUUGGAGACUUGGAUAAGAAAAAAUAUUUAGUUCCCUCAGAUUUGACUGUUGGUCAAUUUUAUUUUCUAAUUAGAAAAAGAAUUCAUUUAAGACCAGAAGAUGCUUUGUUUUUCUUUGUAAACAAUGUGAUUCCCCCUACCAGUGCAACAAUGGGUCAACUUUACCAGGAACAUCAUGAAGAAGACUUUUUCUUAUAUAUUGCAUACAGUGAUGAAAGUGUUUAUGGUGCGUAGAUAACUAAAAGUGGCAAGGAAGUGGAAUUGAGCACCAUAUGUGGAGAGUUGUACAUAGGCUGGAAUAUAAAUCUUAAGAUUUUAAUUUUGUUGUUAGCAUUCGAUGUAUAUAAAAAUGGAAACAAUUUUGAUAUUUAAAAAUCAGACAAAAAAAUUUGUGUAAAGUAGCCCCCACAAAAAGAUAGUGACCUCUGCUCUAUGCUUUUGUCAGAUGUUGAUCACUUACUUAUUACUUCUUUUUUUUUUUUGAAUUUUGUAUUUUUAUUGAUAUUACAAUCAUACGCGACAUAUAUUAAGGUCUCAUCUUUCUCUUGAUUAUUCAGGGUGAUCCUUUCAUCUCUAUAUGGGAUUUCUCUAAGUUAUUACAAUAACUGAUGAGUUUCACAUGGAUAGCCAUCUUUAAAAUUUUUAUACAUUUGAAAUGUAUUUUGGGUUAUACUUUGAUCAAGUUCCACUUUCACAUGAGCACCUAAUUCAGGCAUGAAAUUCAUAUUUGAAUAUGAUAAACAUUCAGCAGAAGGCAGACAGAAUACUAUUUUAUGUUUUUUAAUAUCAUUUUAACUGUUUUCUAUGUAUUUUAUGUAUGAAAAACAUAUUGUCUGUGAUGGGUUAGUUCAUUAUUAAAGUUAAAAAUAUCUCAUUCUUGUUAUUAACCCCUUGAAAUCUAUUAUGUAUGAAUUGAAAGAAAUAAAGAUAGAAAGAUAGAAAG